AUGUCGAGGUCAUUUGUACGACUGAAUCUCCUUGCCUCAGAGGAGAAGGAAGUUAGAAAGGAAGAGAGGGUCAUUAUCCGUGAGCUACGUGACCCUUUUCUACUUCCUCUUGAUGAGUUCGUACGGAAUUAUAAGGUGUCCAUGGAAAUGGUGCAUUAUUUGUGCUCAGAAUUGCAAGAAGAUUUGGCUCCUCAAUCUUCUACAGGAUACCCGGUCUCGCUAAAGGUUAUCUCGUCAUUGAAAAUGCUGCUGGAUGGCCACUACCAAAGAGGAAAUGCAAACGAGGCCAGCCAAUGCAUUGGGCAAACUACAGUCAGCAAAUACCUAAACCAAUUUGUGACUGCUGUAAAUGCGCGGCUGAAAUAUCAAUGGCUAAAUUUUCCUGGUACUCCAAGAGAAAGGAACCAGAUUUCAGAAAACUUCUUGUUGAAAAGUGGAGUGCCAAAUAUUUUGGGGGCCAUAGACUGCACUCAUGUUAAAAUAUUUCCCCCCAAUGGGUUGACUAAUUCCCAGUAUAGGAAUCGAUAUGGAGAUAUGACUAUAAAUGUACAAUUGAUUUGUGAUGCUGAUGCCAAAAUUUUAAAUGUUAACGCCAAUUUCCCGGGAAGUUGUCAUGACCAGUACAUCUUUAAUAACUCUUUAGUUAAAGUUGAACUGCAGAGGUUGUACAAUGAGCGAACUGGCCAAUAUUUUUUACUAGGAGACUCAGGAUAUGCACUGGAGCCUUGGAUGAUGACACCUAUUACCAACACAGUGGUUGAUUCGCCUGAGGAUCGAUAUACCUCAUGGCAUUGUUCUACACGCAAUGUCAUCGAGCGCACAAAUGGCUACCUUAAAGGCACCUUCCGAUGUCUGGGUAUAGAUAGACGCCUGCAUUAUAGCCCAGAAAAGGCGUCAGCUAUAAUUUAUGCUUGUUGUACAUUAUACAACAUAAUGAAACAUUUUCGAAUUCCUCCUACUGCAAGUGAAGUAGAGGCAGAAGAAGAAACGCCACAUCUACCACAGGCUUUGCACGAGACUCUUCUGCGUGUGGCACAACAAAAGCGGCAAAAUUUAAUACAAAAUCACUUCAUGUAA